AUGCUAUUGGGAAAAAAAGUGCUAAAGAGAAAAGGACAAACCGAUGAUUUUCGGAUUGGAGAAGCGGAGGAAAACGAAGCCAGUUUCGAUUUUGAUAGGCUGCCGAUGGAUCUCCUUAGGAAGCUCAUCAUUAUUUUCUCGAGAGAGAACGAAGGAGACGAGGAUACAGUGACGAAAUCGGUUUUUCCCUCACCGCUUUUCAUGGCCAUUCCAAGCUCGCCACGUAUCACCAAAGGACGCCAAAAACAUCGAUGUACACAUUCUCACACCGAAACAAUACCUUCCUCUUUAGUUGCACAACACUUAGAAGAGGGACACAAAAAAGAUACACAUUUACGUGAUGAUACGUUUGAUGAUUUUGAAGACCUAGAGAAGAUCUACAGACAAAAUAAUGCAAAAGGAAAUAAUACAGUUGGGGUGGGUGAUGAUGAGGAUGAUGAUGAUGAUGAUGAUACUGAUAGUGUGGAACAAGCUUUAUCUUUAAGACGUAGGAAUGCCACUGAAAAACUCCCAAUAAGAAAGAGAGCUAAAAUUGAUACAUAUAAUGUGGAGAAAAUUUCUGAUGAGAUAUGUGCUGUCACUGGAACAACCAACCAGAUUUUCAAGAAGGAAGCUGACGAAAAAGAAGCUGAAGAAAAAGCUGAUAACGUAUGGGCUGCAAUUAAGGAAAUUCCUGAUUUGGAAGAAAAUGAAUGUUUUGAUGCCAUGAAUUUGGUUCACAAAUUUGGUAUGAAAGCUGGAUUCAUGAGUAUGACGAUGGAGGAACGCUUUAAAUGGAUUAAACGUUCUAUACCACAUUAUCUAUGUUCACAAAUUCAACGUCCGCUGAAGAAGCCAACCAUUAGACUUGGAAAUGAGUAUAUUCAAAAUGGUCUUACUGAAGAUCCAGAAUAUUUUCGAAGUUUAUAUCGACAUAUUACAAGAAGACACUUGACAGUCGAAGGCGAUAUUGAUGUCAAGUGA